AUGGUGGCUGCCCAAAGUGCUUUGAACGGAGUCUAUUUCUUAUUACCCUUAGCCUAUCCAAAUAUUAACAAUUCAAAAGCUUUAUUUCGGGACGCUUCGGAUUGGUCAUAUGACAGUGCCUUUAACUGGGGCCGGGAGCAUCCAAACUGUGGUGGAUAUCGUCAGUCGCCCAUACACAUUGAAACAUCUAGCUCUUAUGCUCCACCAAUGCCGCCCAUAAAAUUCAACAAUUAUGACAUACCACUAUAUGGAAAUAUAACCCUAAGCAAUAAUGGGCAUUCAGUUGAAUUUACGGUGCCACCAACUGCAAAUGGCAGACGGCCCUUCAUCAGUGGCAGUGUGCUGAAGAGCAAAUAUGAAGCCGUUGGAGUGCACUUCCAUUGGGGAAGCGAUCUGUCAAAGGGUUCAGAGCAUAUGAUUGAUAAUCGCCGUUUCGAUGCUGAAAUGCACAUCGUUCAUAAGAAUGUCAACUAUGGAACAAUAGCAGAGGCAGCUAAGCACUUGGAUGGUUUAACCGUUUUGGCCAUAAUGUUCAAGGGGACAAGGGUAGUUGAUCGGAUUUAUCCUGGGCUGAAUAAAAUCUUUGAAAAACUUCCAUAUCUGGUGAACCAUGGAUCAUAUGCAACUCUCGAUGGCCGCAUAGCAAUGCGCCACCUGCUGGGUGAUUUAAACACCAAAUCUUUCUUUACCUAUAGUGGUUCGCUGACUACACCUGGCUGUUCGGAAGCUGUUACCUGGCAUGUGUUUCCUGAACCUUUACCCAUAUCCUAUGAAUAUAUGCAAAAAUUCUGGUCCAUACGUGAUGGCCGUGGCAAUACUUUGACCAAUAAUUUUAGGCCUUUGCAAAGGCGUAAUGGAAGAGUGGUUUUAUAUCGUACUGGAGCAAUUCACGUUAGCGGUUGA